CAAAGCAAAAGCAUUAAGUAAUAUUAAUAUUGUCUGCUUCAUAGUUACGUAAGUCUAACUUCGGAAGAUUUUAUAAAUCUCAUAAGUUAGAAAAUGGCACAUAUGCGAAAUUUUUGCGCUCACAUCAAACUAAUGCUGUUUUUUCUGAUUGUCCAUCACAAAGACUGUGUUGUUGAAUGUCGUGAAAUCCAAUCGUAUAGUUCCUUACGAUUCUUUGCCAUUGGUGACUGGGGAGGUCAGCUUUUUUCACCAUAUACGACUAAAGUAGAAAGAGCUGUUGCAAAGGAAAUGGGAAUCAUGGCCGACUAUUUUAAGCCAGAUUUCAUUCUUGCUCUUGGGGAUAAUUUUUAUACGUUUGGUGUGAGAGAUGUUGAUGAUAAAAGAUUUCAAGAAACAUUUGAAGAUGUUUUCACAGCAUCUUCACUUCAUGUUCCUUGGUAUAUUUGUGCUGGAAAUCAUGAUCACUAUGGUAAUGUUUCAGCAGAAAUAGCUUAUUCUAAGAAAUCUAGUCGAUGGAACUUUCCUGAUUACAAUUACACAAAAAUAUGGACUAUUCCAGGUUCGUCCAGCACCCUACAGAUAGUAAUGAUUGAUACAAUCAUACUUUGUGGAAUCAGUGAAUCUGGUGAUGCCGCGAUUCGUCUUCAGGGUAUGGCCCAAAAAUCCAAAAGAGCUCUGGAGCACUGGGCAUGGGUUGAGAGGACUCUAGCAAAGUCAUCAGCAAAUUAUCUGUUGGUUGGUGGGCAUUAUCCUGUAUGGUCAAUAGCGGAACACGGACCCACCGAAUGUUUGCUUAAAUCAUUGAAGCCUCUUUUAGAAAAAUUUCAUGUCACUGCUUAUCUGUCUGGACAUGAUCAUAAUCUUCAGCAUUUAGAUGAUGGUUCUGGAGUACAGUAUAUUGUAUCUGGCUGCUCUAACUUUGUGAACAAUUCAACUGCGCAUUUUAAUGAUGUACCGAAAAUGUCAUCCAAAUUUUUUUGGGCUGACUAUUCAAAACUGGGUGGUUUUGCAACAUUUCGAGCUACACCUGACGUAAUGGAUAUGACGUUUGUUGAUUCAAGAGGAGCAUCGUUGUACAGUAUUCCUCUCGAACCAAGGAUUCUAUACUCUAAAGUGAAAUUUUGAUCCAUUAGAGUAGAAAAACUGUAGCUUACAUUAUACUUUUUUAUUCCAAUCAAAUCAUACAUUGGCAUAUUUUUAUAUACAUUUUUCUAUUGAUACAAAUCAUAACAUUUUUUUGAUGACUCAGCAAAGACUAGUGAGAAAUUAACUAAUAACUUCUUGUCUAGUGUCUAAGAAAGAAAAAAGCGGACUGAAAGUGGGCUUUCACUAGUACAAUAGAAAUAUAUCUCUGUGUUUCUCUUGGAAAUAUCAAGAAUUGUGGGUCAAAA